CACACUAUCAGCCUCUCGCGCGCACGAUAACAAAACAUUGCUCGACGCAGUAACACUAGUAACUAAACAUUCACGGUAACACCACACGUACUAGUGCAAAAAUCAACAGUUUUCACGGCAACCGUGUCAACGAUAUGCAAGCCUGGGGUGUUCAAAUGGCGUGACGCUAUCGACGAGGUACAGUGCCGUUCCCGUGGCAGCCAAACAUAAACAUCGCGUGAUCGAUAGCAGUUGGAAGAGGGUCGCGUGUUGUGGUGGUGGUGGUGCGCCAGGCAUAGUUGUCGGGCAUCUGAGCGGAGCGGCGCGCGUCUAGCCAGUACCACCAGCGGGAACAAUGAGCGCGCCUUGACCUUGCGGUGCGCGGGAGGCAGGGGCGCACGAUGACGCCAGCGCGGCCGGCUCGCGGUUCGGCUUUCGGGUGCGAUCCUUCGCGGACGGCAUCCGCGUAAUCAGCGGUCAGUGUGAUUCUGAAGUACGUCGAAAAUUCCGGGGCGGGUGGGCGGCGCCGCGACGCCGGGGACUCUCACGCCGCACUCAUUCUGCGAGUCGGCGCCGACGCCGACGCGCUUCGAACGACCGACCGACCGAGCCGACUCCCGCCGAUCGAGUAAACCGCGACAUGCGCGCGCACCGUCAUGGGUAACGUGCAGUGCUGCGCCAGCGGACGCUUCCCUGUGGGCAAGCCGCCUAAGAAGGCGAAGAACAAGAAGAAGACGAAAGGACUAAAGGGUGUCAGCAAGAAGAAUAGUAGUGUGAGUAGUGGAAAAGGUAACGGUAACGGAGCCGUGCAAAAAGUGGCGACGAUGGCAGAGGACGGCUCCGAGAAAGCUGCGCCGGCGGAGACGCUGGUGCAGGCUGCUCCUACAGCCGUGGACGUACCCGACGGGGUGCUCCCGCGGCAGGAGGAGAACGAGAUGCAACAGGCAAACGAUAGUAGAUCAGGAUCAAGUUCACCUCGAACGGAGAGUAUGGCGGCUGCGAGGGAACGAUUCUUUGGUCAGAUACCAGAGUUUUCGCUCGAUGGGAGCAACAGUAUAAAACAAAACGGCAGCGCCAAGGAUCUGGUUUCCGUCAUGGAAAACCUGAAGAAAGGCAAUCUCAUGUCUCGACAAAAUCAGACUUUGAACACCCAAGCUACCAGUUCAUCGACACAACAGAUGGUGUCAAGUACGACUUCAAGCAGUGCCUCAUCGAGCCAGAGGUUGCAGAGUUCAUCGCAGCGACUUGCGCACAUGGCUAACACUGAGAGGAAAGCGAGCUCCAUGAAGUCUGAUCUUUCUGAACUUAAAAGCUCUAUUUCUGAGAUGAAGACAUUGAGCAACACAGCUGCGAAAAAUUUCAGUCAAAGAAUAAGAAGCUCAAUGGAGAAUAUUGUUGAUCAAGAUGACUUAGCUGAUCGGAAUAUGCCCGUUAUUCGAGAUCUGAGUGAUAUGGACGACAUGGGCGAUAUUAGUGACAUGGGAGAAUUGUCCAGCGAAGGUCCCCUUGUCACUUUUCCGGAGUCUGAUACGCCACCACCCAUAACGGAAAAACCAUCCCUGCUUUCCAGCAGUGGCGCUGUUGUUGGAUCAAGCACAGCAAAUGAACUUAAAUAUAGUGCGGCACGUAUGACAUCUGCAAGUUCUACACGAGUUGUUGCUGAUGGAUACAGUGCAUCACGGUCUGCAUCCAACAGUACAAAAAUGCGCAGACUACAACAUGGUGAUGUACAAUAUGCUGAACACAGUGCAGCUAGUGCAUCACAUCGAUUACUUCAAGCAGAAGGCCUUACUGCAGAACAAAACGCUGCUUCUCUACAAGAACAAAGAUCGUUGAAAGCGGGCGAAGUAACAGCACAGGAGGCAAACAACAUGACGACUUCCAGUUCAAGACUUCAGACUGAAGCUUUCAGUGCAGAAAAAAUGGCAAUGGCUACCGCACAAGCUCGGCAAACAGUUACCUCGAGUGGGAUGUUUAGUCAUAAGGAACACUCCAGCGUCGCUCAUUCUAAUAUGACAAUUUCCAGUAAGAACUUGUCAACCAAAUCGACACUCCAUACUUCCUCACAGAUGAGUCAACUAUUGAAUGGAGCAAUCAAACCAGGAGAUGAAGAUCUUACUAAUUUAACAUUUGACGAUUUAGAUAAACUAAAUGGAAAAUCAAACCAAAAAGAUGUAGAAAUGGCUAUCCAAAAAUAUUCAUCUAGAUUGAAUGCCUUUAUUACAUCUAUUAAGAAUAAUCAAAUGGAUAUGAAAAAUGCAUCAAUGCAUUUCAACAAAUUAAAUGAAAUGUUACGUCGAGCGUGGGCGGUGCCAACUUACGGCCACGAACUUGGAUAUUCUCUAUGUAACACACUAAGAGAAUCUGGAGGUCUUGAUAUACUUAUGGGCAAUUGUUUGGAAUAUAGCAAUCCUGAAUUACAAUUCUCAUCUGCAAAACUACUUGAACAAUGCCUUACGACUGAAAAUAGAGCUCAUGUAGUACAAAAUGGUCUUGAAAAAGUAGUGAAUGUUGCAUGUUUUUGUACAAAACCCACAAAUUCAGUGGAUCAUGCAAGAAUUGGUACAGGGAUAUUGGAACAUCUAUUCAAACACAGUGAAAGUACUUGUGGAGAUGUUAUCAAACUAGGAGGUUUAGAUGCAGUUCUAUUUGAAUGUAGAAAGAAUGAUAUAGAAACACUCAGGCAUUGUGCAACAGCACUCGCUAACCUAUCCUUGUAUGGUGGUGCUGAAAAUCAAGAAGCAAUGAUCAAGAGGAAAGUGCCGAUGUGGCUAUUCCCGCUAGCGUUCCAUAAUGACGAUAACAUUAAGUACUAUGCUUGCCUAGCCAUAGCUGUUUUGGUUGCAAACAAAGAGAUAGAAGCCGCCGUCCUUAAAUCUGGAACACUGGAUUUAGUAGAACCCUUUGUUACUUCUCAUAAUCCUUCCGAGUUUGCACGAUCAAAUCUUGCUCACGCUCACGGUCAAAGUAAGAACUGGUUAAAAAGGUUAGUCCCAGUAUUGAGUUCAAAAAGAGAAGAAGCCAGAAAUCUAGCAGCUUUUCAUUUUUGCAUGGAGGCGGGAAUUAAAAAGCAACAAGGAAACACAGAAAUAUUUAGAGAAAUCGGUGCAAUAGAAUCGUUAAAAAAGGUGGCCAGCUGUCCCAAUGCUGUUGCAUCUAAAUAUGCUGCACAAGCUUUACGACUGAUAGGGGAGGAAGUGCCUCAUAAAUUAUCUCAGCAAGUUCCUCUUUGGUCCAUAGAAGAUGUACGAGAAUGGGUAAAACAGAUAGGCUUCUCAGAAUAUGCAACAAACUUUUAUGAAAGUAGAGUCGAUGGUGAUUUGUUACUCCAAAUAAGUGAAGAAAACCUUAAAGAAGAUAUCGGUUUGCAAAACGGAAUCAAACGCAAAAGAUUCACGAGAGAACUUCAGCAACUGAAAAAAAUGGCGGAUUACACUUCUCGGGACACAAGCAGUCUCAACGACUUUUUGCAAGGCAUUGGACCAGAGUACACUAUUUAUACAUAUUCAAUGCUAAACGCUGGUGUUGACAAAGAAUCCAUCCGAGGACUUAGUGAUGAACAACUAGAGAAUGAGUGUCGAAUUAAGAAUAGUAUACAUAGAUUAAGGAUUCUAAAUGCUAUUAGAGCAUACGAGUGCUGUUUGUUAAGUAAGGGUGAAGAAAAUAUGGAGAAGAAUUUGGACGUGUUCGUUAGUUACCGUAGGUCUAACGGAUCUCAACUGGCGAGUUUACUAAAAGUCCAUCUUCAGCUUAGAGGUUUCACAGUGUUCAUAGACGUGGAACGUUUAGAAGCUGGAAAGUUCGACAACAAUUUGCUGCAGAGCAUACGUCAAGCGAAACACUUCUUGCUUGUGCUUACGCCUAAUGCACUCGACCGGUGUAAAAAAGAUACUGAUAGAAAAGACUGGGUUCACAGAGAGAUAGUGGCAGCGUUGCAAUCACAAUGCAAUAUUGUACCAAUUAUCGACAACUUUGAAUGGCCUAAAGCUGAAGAACUUCCUGAAGAUAUGCGAGCAGUAUGUCAUUUCAACGGUGUGAGAUGGAUACACGACUACCAAGAUGCAUGUGUCGAUAAGCUAGAAAGUUUCCUCAGAGGAAAAUCCAAUCUCGCUAAUCGACUUGACGGACAAUUAAGGGGUCGUGGGGAUACGCAGACCCCUGGAACUGCCACCAUUGGACGAGGACCACCGAACUAUCAGCGGAUGGCUUCCUGCGAGAGCAGAGGAAGCGAUAAAGCAGAUUGACUAGAGCCACCCAUACACACACUGCCGCCUGUUAGACCACGAAGAAACCGCCAAUCCUCCUUGGCAAAAUCUUUAGCCUCCUCACAAAGCUGCGAACAAUUACCUACAAGUAGUAAUACUUCUAAAAACACGUCUCCUGAAAAAUCACUUUAUAGUCUACCUGAAAUGUUGUCUGAAAGUAGUGAUAACAUAGGCUGCCACGAAGUAGAGAAACCCUCACGUAGAUGCCGUAGCUGCGAAGGCAUAUUAGAAGCCGAGGAACAAAUGCACACACAGCUGUCUUUGCCCACGCCUUUAGAUGCUGCCACACAAACGAAGAGGAAAAGAAAUUUCAUGGACAGAUGCGUGAACAAAGUGAGACUGUGUUGAUUGAUUGGUGUAUCGGUUGUUCAUAAACACAUGAACUAACCAACACGCUGCAGAGUGUGUAUGAUUGGUGACAUUAUUGGACUUUAGUUACAUAUUUAUGUGAAUCUAAUUUUAAAGUACAAAGAUGUGCACAAUGUGUAUAUAUUUUGUGUAUGGCUAUAAUUUAAAAUGUUCAAUGUGUGUGUUAACACAUUGCUAUUGGUAAUCUAAUAAGAUCGUAAUCUCAAUGAGUGCUUGUGAAUUAUUUUAUACUGCUGUAAAACGAGAAGUUAUCACCACCCUGCCAUGUUUGAAGAGCAUCGCACGAGGUGGCGGUAUGAUUGUUAAAUAGGACUGUUUGCUAUUGUAGUACUACCUGUAGCAAAUUGCUUAUCUGACUCUGGUAAUAUUUUAUUAUCUCUCUAUCCUUUCACUCUCUAUAGAUAUUACAAUGAAUUUACUUAUGUCCUAUUUUAUUAUAAAAUUAGUAUCUUGCCAAUGAAGUAUUUGUAAAAAGCAAAAUGUUACGAAAUUAUAAUUCACAUUAUGUGAUAGCUUAGAUCUUCUAUAAUGUAUAAAAUAUUUAAAUAGAUUUCUCGAAAAUAUCGAUAUAUUGCUAGUACCUAUGUACCUAAUGAAUUCAUUUCCGCAUGAAAUAAUUUCCAAACUGAGUAAUAUGUAUUAUUACUUGAACAUGUACAAAAUUUUACUAUAGAUGUAGAUUUUAUUUUAGUCAUUUUAUGAGUUAACCUUAAUAUAAAUCAUUGUACUCCGUCAAACCUUGUAUUUAUGUACUAGCCUAGUUCUAACCACGAAAUAAAUGGCAUUAUUAAAAUAUAAA